CUUUUCUCUCACCUUUCUCUCACCUUCUCCUCACCCAUCAUGAAUCAGCUAGGUAGGAUGUCCCUGGUGGUUCCUCCCCCGGUAUGUCUUCUCUGCCGAAGCCGGACCCCCAAUCUCCUUCCUUCGAGCGUAUCGCAGGUCGCGCGCUCCAUGGCCACAGCUCGUCUUCGUCGGAGAGCUGCCCGGAUGGCCUUGUCUCCUGAUGUCGCCAAGCCGUCAAUCAACCAGAAGCGCUCAGGUAAGGAAAGGUCUGGACCAUGGGCGGGAAUGAAUCAGACUGAAGCUCGCGUUCGUGGUGAACCUCGACAACGGUCUCAAGCCGCAUUGAGACGCUCGGGAGAGCCGUCGGCAGAUAAGCUGCGGAAAAGCGAGAGCCCACUAUACAAAGCGCUCAAGAUGCAGACUACACUGGCUCCUAUCACUUAUGGUCGCAGGACUGCGAUCAAGCAUAAGCUUGCCGACAUUACGAGUUUUGAUCAGUUCCCAAUCCUACCAGUUGUUCGCCACUCGAUCUUCUCUCAAGCUCUUCCCGGUUUGGUCGAUGUCACGCCCACCCCAAUACAGCGUCUUGCAAUUCCUAAGCUCAUGGAAGAAUCAACGGAUCCAAAACGAAAGUUCGGAGCUGAUGAUCAGCCUCAAUACGAUCAGUACCUUCUGGCUGCAGAGACGGGCUCGGGAAAGACACUGGCGUACUUGGUUCCUUUAGUUGAUGCUGUUAAGCGCUUAGAGGCAGAGGAUAAAGAGAAUGAGAAGAGGGAGGCGGAACAAAAAGCGAAGGAAAAGGAGGAGAAAUUGAAAAACAAGGCUUUCGAUAUUGAACCUGAGGAGCCUCCGCUGUCCAAUGCCGGCAGACCUAGAGUCAUCAUUCUGGUGCCAACCUCCGAGUUGGUAGCGCAAGUCGGUGCUAAAGUGAAGGCUCUUUCUCACACGAUCAAAUAUCGGUCAGGCAUGAUAUCAUCUAACCUGACUCCUCGCCGGAUUAAGAGCACCCUCUUUAACCCAGAUGGUAUUGACAUCCUUGUGUCUACUCCUCACUUGCUUGCGUCCAUCGCAAAGACGGAACCAUAUGUGCUGAGUCGGGUCAGCCACUUGGUUCUUGAUGAGGCUGACUCGCUUCUGGACCGAUCCUUCUUGCCGACAACCACCGAAGUCAUCGAUAAGGUAGCACCGUCACUCCGCAAACUCAUUCUGUGCUCGGCUACGAUUCCUCGCAGUCUCGACAAUCUGCUACGCAAGCGUUAUCCGGACAUCAAAAGAUUGACUACGCCCAAUCUGCAUGCCAUUCCACGUCGAGUACAGCUGGGAGUGGUGGACAUCCAGAAGGAACCCUACCGAGGAAACCGAAGCUUGGCUUGCGCCGAUGUGAUCUGGUCGAUUGGAAAGGCCGGUGAUUCAGAGCCCGCAGACCCAUUUGAAUCUUACGUUGGACCGAACAUCAAGAAGAUUCUCGUGUUCGUCAAUGAGCGCGAGGAAGCCGACGAGGUGGCCCAAUUCUUACAGUCAAAGGGGAUUGACGCUCAGUCUCUUUCUCGGGACUCCAGUGCCCGGAAACAAGAAGAGAUCCUUGCGGAAUUCACCGAGACAGCACCUCCACCAAGCCCAGAGCAAAUCAUGUUAGCUCAAAAGAAGAGGCGUCAGGAAGACGCUAUUCCCUUUGAACUGCCCGAGAGAUCCAACAAAGCUGCAAAUACCCGCCGGCUACCUAAUACCAAGGUUCUCGUUACUACCGAUUUGGCAUCGCGAGGCAUCGACACCCUACCCGUCAAGACAGUCAUCCUAUAUCAUGUCCCGCACACGACUAUCGAUUUUAUUCACCGUCUAGGACGUCUCGGUCGGAUGAAUAAGCGUGGUCGCGGUAUCGUACUAGUCGGAAAGAAGGACCGAAAGGACGUUGUCAAGGAGGUCCGUGAUGGUAUGUUCAGAGGACAAGCAUUGAUCUAAGGGAUGUGCCGCACGGACACAAUCGAAAUUUUUACGUACAAGGACCGGCGUUAGGACAUGGGGACAUUCGGAAAUACACACAGUAAAUACUAUAUACAGGACGGUUUCAAGCAAGAAAUGUAUAAUAUUGUA